AUGUACCAACAAAUAAUCAUAAUAGGAACCUUUGCGAACUACUUUAUCUCUGUUUUUCUGUCUUACAGACAGAUUCUUGCGCUGAGAAGAGGAAAAAGAAAUGAGCUGCUGGUAGAUAAGAUAAAGGAUGGUGACUUUGAGAUGAUGAAGAAAUACAACACAGAAAAGAUGAUAUUUUCGUUGUUUUCAGGUACUGUCAAUUUCUGCAGGCUCAUUUAUUUCAUCUACUUUCACACCAUCCCGAAGUUCUACGAUUAUUUAAAGAAAACCACUGGUAUCAAAUCGGAUAUGAUGCUUGAAGUUUUGUUUAUGUUAGUUUUCUUGCACUUUGAACGAAUCACAGACAUUCCUCUUUCCCUGUUUUCUACUUUUUUCAUCGAAGAAAGAUACGGGUUCAACAAGAUGACAUUUGCAAUAUUCAUGAAGGAUUUUCUGAAGGAGACAGUCAUCCUUACGCUGAUACUAUCCCUCCUUUAUGCCGGUAUUUAUAAGAUAAUGAAUUAUUUCGACACAUUCUUUGCAAUAAUAUUCGUGUUUGUGUGUAUCUUCCAGAUAUUUCUUGUAAUGAUUUAUCCUGUUGUAAUCCAGCCGUUGUUUAACAAAUUCAAGGAGCUAGAAGACGGGUCCCUGAAGACCGCGAUCAGGGACCUUGCAAAGAAAGUUGGGUUCAAGUGCAACAAGAUUCUUGUGAUGGACGGCUCGAUGAGGAGCAAUCACAGUAACGCGUACUUCAUUGGCCUGUUUGGCGAGAGAAGAAUUGUUCUGUUCGAUACAUUGAUAAAGCAGGCCACCGAGGGCGAAAUUAUUUCUAUUCUUGGACAUGAGAUUGGUCACUGGCACCAUUAUCACAUCCCCAAGAUGCUACUACUCCAAUUUUCGACACAGUUUGUAUUCUUUUAUUUCCUUGAGGUUGCGCUUAAAAACAAGUCGUUCGAAACUUCUCUUUUCCAGGCCGAGAAUACACCGCUUAUAAUCAAAAUGAUAUAUUUCAGCUUUUUCAUGGGUAUUCUCUCACCAUUCUUCACUCUGCUGUCAAAUAUGUACUCAAGAUACAACGAGCGGCAGGCUGACCAGUUCUCCAUCAGGUUAGGAUUGGGUGAGAAUUUGGGUAAGGGACUUAUUUCUAUUCAUAAGGAGAACAAGUCCAAUGUGUGUCCGGAUUGGAUGUACAGCACGUAUUACCAUUCUCACCCUACGCUGGUCGAGAGACUCGAAUUUAUAAGUGAGGAGGAAAAAAAGCUGAAAGAAAAGGAGAAGUAAAAGGUUGAAUUGAAA